AUGCUCAUCCUCGAGGGACAAUGGCUGACGCUGAGAUGUGCUCUGAAGAAGGAUGAAGAUAAGAAUCAAACAGUCUGGGUGGUAAAUGGCAACACGAUCGAGCCGAACUACUACGAGUGGCGCAUCAAGGCCGAGGCGGACAUGUUCGAGGUUUUCCCGACCGUCCUCGACGACGCCGGCAUUUUCGAGUGCCUCUACGAGGACCAGCUGCGCGGUUUUGCCAAUAUCACGAUCGUUACCCGAUGGGCCGCAAUCUGGAUGGGCUACCAGAAUUACAUGACGGUGAUGUGCGUGUUUUUGCCGCUGUGGGUGGCACUCCUCGGCAGCAACUUUUUUGCGCCGCCACCGAAGUUCAAGAAGAAACAUGGGAAAUGGGGCGACGCCUACAUCGAGCAUCGCCUGAACGACAAUGUAUCUAAGGCAAAGGAAUCGAUUGCCCGCAAAAAGUUUGGCGACGACCUCGAGAAGCAGAAGGAAUUCCUGCUGAGAAGCCAGUACGGGCCAGCCGAAACCGCCGCCAUCAACCGACGCAUCAUCCAGACUAUUCUCGACGGCUGCCGU